AUGUCUGAAGUUGCCAACGCUACCUCGCCCGUCCAGGACGGUGCUGACGCCAACGGCGCUCAGAUCAACACCAACGUCCCCGCUGCCCAGGGCGAGGUCUCCACUCCCACCUCCGCUGCCCCCGCCCACAACCAGAACUCUGCGUCGCUGUAUGUUGGCGAGCUCGAUCCCUCCGUUACCGAGGCCAUGCUCUUUGAGCUGUUCUCCUCCAUUGGCCAAGUCGCGUCUAUCCGUGUCUGCCGUGACGCCGUUACCCGUCGCUCGCUCGGUUACGCCUAUGUUAACUACAACAGCUCUGAGGACGGCGAGAAGGCCCUCGAAGAGCUCAACUACACCGUUAUCAAGGGCAAGCCUUGCCGUAUCAUGUGGUCUCAGCGCGACCCCGCUCUGCGCAAGACUGGUCAGGGCAACGUCUUCAUCAAGAACUUGGACCAUGCCAUUGACAACAAGGCUCUCCAUGACACAUUCGCCGCUUUUGGUAACAUCUUGAGCUGCAAGGUUGCUCAGGACGAGCUUGGUAACUCCAAGGGUUACGGGUUCGUGCACUACGAGACUGCUGAGGCCGCCAACAAUGCUAUCAAGCAUGUGAACGGCAUGUUGCUUAACGAGAAGAAGGUAUUCGUGGGCCACCACAUCCCCAAGAAGGAGCGCAUGAGCAAGUUCGAGGAGAUGAAGGCCAACUUCACCAACAUCUACGUCAAGAACAUCGAUCUCGAUGUCUCUGACGAGGACUUCCGUGACCUCUUCGAGAAGCACGGUGACAUCACCUCUGCCUCCAUUGCCCGCGACGACCAGGGCAAGAGCCGUGGAUUUGGUUUCGUCAACUACAUCAAGCACGAGGCUGCCUCUGCUGCUGUUGAUGCUCUCAACGACACCGACUUCCGCGGUCAGAAGCUCUACGUCGGUCGUGCACAGAAGAAGCAUGAGCGUGAGGAGGAGCUCCGUAAGCAGUACGAGGCUGCGCGUCUCGAGAAGCAGUCCAAGUACCAGGGCGUCAACCUGUACAUCAAGAACCUCAACGACGAUGUCGACGACGAGAAGCUGCGUGACAUGUUCACUCCUUUCGGUACCAUUACCUCCGCCAAGGUCAUGCGUGAUGCCAUGCCUGCUGCGGGCUCCGAGGAUGCGACUGAUGAGAAGAAGGACGAGUCCAAGGAGGAGUCUGAGGAGGCCAAGGACGAGUCCAAGGAGGAUUCCGAUGACAAGAAGGAUGAGAAGGCCGACAAGGUCACCAUCAAGGGCGAGAAGAAGAUCCUCGGUAAGAGCAAGGGCUUCGGUUUCGUCUGCUUCAGCAACCCCGACGAGGCUACCAAGGCUGUCACCGAGAUGAACCAGAAGAUGAUCGAGAACAAGCCUCUCUACGUCGCCCUUGCCCAGCGCAAGGAUGUCCGCAAGAACCAGCUCGAGGCUACCAUCCAGGCUCGCAACCAGCUCCGCAUGCAGCAACAACAGCAGCAACAAUUCGGUGGCAUCCCUCAGAUGUUCAUUGCACCUGGUCAGCAGCCCAUGAUGUUCCCUGCCGGUGGCCGAGGUCAGAUGCCGUUCCCCGCUGGCAUACCUGGUCAGCAAGGCGGCCGUGGCGCUGGCUUCCCUGGCGGCAUGCCCGGUCAGCAGGGCGGUCGCGGCGGACCCAACGGUCAGCAGAUGCCCCCCAUGUACAUGCCUCCUGGCAUGGCACCCGGUGCCUUCCCUCCUGCGUACAUGAACCAGCAGUACAUGCAGCUUGCACAGGCAGCACAGCAGGCUAUGGGCGGACGUGGUGGUCGCGGUGGCGUCCCCAUGGCUCCUAUGCCCGGUAUGCCUCAAGUGCCCAUGGCUGGUGUUCCUGGUAUGCGCGGCGGUCAGGGCUUCCCUCCUCAGGGCGCUGGACGUGGCGGUAUGCCUCAAGGCCGUCCUGGACAGUCUCCUAUGCCUAACUACCCUCCGGGUGGCCGCGGCGGUCCUGGAGGCGCCGGUGUUGACAUGAGCGCUUUGCAAGGUGCUGCCCCCGGCCAGCAGAAGCAGAUGCUCGGUGAGGCUCUUUACCCCAAGAUCGCCGAGAUGCAGCCCGAGCUUGCUGGAAAGAUCACUGGUAUGCUUCUCGAGAUGGACAACAGCGAGUUGAUCAACCUGUAA